AUGUCAAAGGAUGUUGUUAACGUUUUAAAAUUGGUUAAAACACCAAUUUAUUCUCAUGCUUACAGCCAAGACAAAAGUAUUUUAGCAAUUACCAGUGAGACCAAUUGUUUGCUAUACAACAUCACUAAUCCAAAAUCUCCAAAAUUAGUUGCUACUUUGGCUGAUCAUGACAAAACCGUUACUGCAGUCGACAUUUCCAUACAUGGCCGUAUUGUUACUUGUUCCCAAGAUAGAAACGCCAUUGUAUGGGAACCUCUAAGUGAUGGUACUUAUAAACCAACAUUAGUUUUAUUGCGUAUCAACAGGGCAGCCACUUGUGUCAAAUGGGCACCCAAUGGAUUCAAAUUUGCUUGUGGUAGUAGUGCUCGUGUCGUUGCUGUUUGUUACUAUGAACAGGAAAAUAAUUGGUGGGUUUCCAAGCAUAUCAAAUCCAACAUUAGAUCUACCAUUACUUGUUUAACUUGGCAUGAUAAUGGUGUUGUUUUAGCAUGCGGUGGUACUGAAGGUCUUGUCAAUGUGUACUCUGGUUUUAUUAAAGGCUUGGACAAAAAGGAGCAAGUUGUUAAUAGUCCAUGGGGUGCUGGGAAGUUUCCAUUUGGUCUGUUACUAAAACAAUUCUACCAAGGUUCUUGGAUCCGCGGUGUUGCCUUUAAUGGUGGUUUAGAGCUAUUAGCUUUUGUAUCUCAUGACGCUAGGUUAACAGUUGUCGAUGUUCAAGGUAAUACUCAAGCUGUUGAGAAUCCAUGUGGUCUACCAUUCAAUGAUUUGCUCUGGUUAGGUGAUAAUAGAAUUAUUUGUGCCGGUUAUAACUGCCAUCCAGUAGAAUUCGAUAAUCUUGGUGGCGGAACUUGGAAGUUUAAAAAAAAUAUUGAUAAAGUUAGUAGUACUGGUAAGAAUAAUUUAACAAAUAGUUUUGACAACGCUACUGAUGAUGAUGAUUCACAGCCUUCUUUUGGUAUUUCGGCUUUAAAGAAAUUUAAACAAUUGGAUUUGAAGGGUAAGGUUACCGCUGUCGAUAAUGAAUUAGGAACCACACAUCAAAAUGCAAUCACCCAAUUGCGUUUAUUAUCUGCAAACCAAGUUUCUUCAUCUGGUCUAGAUGGUAUCAUUGUUGUUUUUAAUGUUUAA